GCUUCCUUUUCUCCUACGCACACAAACAAAAACCAAACCUUCUUCUUCUUCUUCGUCUUCUCUCUGCGACGAUUAGAUCGCUCAAUUUUUGGAAACCCUAAUCUACUGCAUUUCUCGACCUAGCACUCUCUGUGCGAAUCGAAUCUUCUCUGUUACCGUCGAUCAUCUCAUCGACUGAGAUAUCAGCCCUAAUGGCCAUGACCGGUGACCAUGAUUCCUCCGAUGACAUCCAAUCGCGCCGCACCGCGCGCAUCCCCGUCGCUGCUUCGCCGUGGAACCAGGUUGUUCGCGGUGAAUCGGAGCCUGUUGCUGCUGCUCCUUCCUCGCCUCCGCCGCCGGAAGCUUUCCCCUCUGACGCUGUGGAUGAUUCAGGCUCCGAUAACGGCGGCCGGAACAAUGGCGGCUCGGUUAACAGGCCUGCUUGGAAUAGGCCAUCCAAUGGCGCGGGUUUGGAGGUUCAGCCUGUCAUGGACGCGCAAUCGUGGCCUGCGUUGUCGGAGGCUGCUAGAGCUAAGAUGAAAUCGGAGUCGUCGAAGGGUUUGUUGGAUAUAGCCUCUGUUCCCCAAUCGCAGGCUGCGGGAAGCAUGCCUUCUUCCUCGUCACAAAGACAGGUCAGUGAUAAAGCAAGCGUGAACAACAAUACGGUGCCAACUCACCAGAAACCAAUCAAGCAUAACAGCUCAAAUACAUCUUCUUAUGGUGGCCACCAACAUCAGUCUGCGCCCCAAGUUUCAAAUGCUGCAACAGGGUCUCACAACUCUUAUCCGAAAGAUCAUACACAUAGAAGUGGGUAUGUGUCGAAUGAUCAUCCGCAACAGCGUAACACAUUUAGAAAUCGCAACAAUGGUCCACAUCAGCGUGGAGAUGGAGCUCACCAUCAUAACUACGGGAAUAGGCGUGAUCAGGACUGGAAUACUCGAAGAAAUUUUAAUGGUAGAGACAUCCAUAUGCCACCUAGAGUUGUUCCAAGAUUUAUGAGGCCACCUCCACCCCCACCUCCAAAUUCUGCACCAUUUAUUCACCCACCACCAGUGCGGCCUUUUGGUGGCCACAUUGGAUUCCAUGAACUUGUACCUCCGGUGGUAUUUGUUGCAGCUCCACCCCCACCCCCGGAUUCACUGAGAGGUGUUCCUUUUGUGCCUCCAGUUCCACAUCAUGCAAUGUUCUUUGCAGGUUCAGACCCUCAGCUGCAUACUAAGAUAGUAAACCAGAUUGACUACUAUUUUAGUAAUGAGAAUUUAGUUAAAGACACAUUCUUGCGGCAGAACAUGGAUGACCAGGGCUGGGUUCCAAUAAAAUUAAUUGCAGGCUUCAAGAAAGUUAUGCAUUUGACUGACAAUAUCCAGCUUAUAUUGGAUGCUGUUCAAACUUCAUAUGUUGUUGAAGUGCAGGGUGACAAGAUAAGGAGACGAAAUGAUUGGAUGAGAUGGAUCAUGCCUUCUCCUCAGUUUCCUAAUGUUACAAGCCAUGGUGUGUUGAAUCAUGACAAACUGGCUGAACAAUUACACAACAUUUCUCUGGAGACAACUAACUACGACAUUCCAGGAAGACUAGGUGUUCUAUCUGAUAAUUCUCAACAUGGGCCUGUAUUUGGGGAUUUGAAUAAUCCAAUGCAGCUCUCCACUAGCGAGAGUGCUGGUCAAGUUGGUUUUCAUGGCUCAGAUCACUCUAUUUCUGCAAGAAAUUAGAGCUGUAGAUGUACUUCAGCACUGUAUUUUGGGAGCUCUUAAAGAGGGACACGGGAAGCAGGUAUAUAUAGAUGAUCAUUUUUGCAUAUCACACAAUGAGCACAAGGCAUGUUUUGGAUAACAUGAUUGAUAAAUGGGAGAAAAUACCUAUAAAACAGAAUAGAACAAAAAGGUAAGUCCCCCCCUCCCAACCCCCCAAAAAAGGCAAUUUUAAUUUAUGUUUUUUCUUUGGUUUUCGUGGAGCUAAGUGGCGCGACUAUUGUGAUUACUUGUUUUUAUGGGAUGGAUAUACUGUGCUUAAUCUUUAGUGGGGGAGUGUUUACGUCAAAAGACGGGGGAAUUUUGGCUUUGUUUCCCGACUGCCCCUCAGCUGCUUUUUAAAAUCUGAGGUCAGCUUCCAACCAUUAUAUUAGUUCAUGGGUCUUGAAUGUGUCUGAUAGAGCUAUCUGCUGCCACCGAGGGAAGAUGGAAUGUGGCUUUCUGCUACAAGAACUUGUCCUGCAACUGCUUUCAUGAGUGAUUGCAUAUGCACUUUUUAUAUCUCGUCUCUGUCAUCUCUGGAAUGACGUUGAUAUUAAUAGAUUUAUUUUCAUGUUUAAACUCACAAAAAUUCAUAAGCCAUUAGUGGCCCCUGUGAAGUUCUUGAAAACUUAAGACUUUAACUAUUCAGGUUAUAGCUGUAUAAGGUGGAUAUUAUUUAUCUAUUUAGACUUGAAGUUGCAUGGAACCUGAACCUAAGUUUAUUAUUUCAUAAAACCUGGCCAUCAUUUCUUGCCUUCAUGAAAUAAUCAUUUUUGCUGUUUGAUGUUGUGGGUGUAAUAAUCUGUUUUGCCAAAUGUACUGGUAAAUUGUAUUGUACCUCUGAUUUGUUUUACAUUUCUUAUCUUUAAUAUUUUAUUUCUCAUUA